AUGAAUGAAAAUUAUAUAAGAGCUUCUUUAAAACCAUACACAAUAAACUUCGCUCAUUCCGACGGCAGUUUUACAAUAAAAACUGAAGGAUGCACAAUACCUGAACUGCAGCCAUUUGAUAAAAGUGUUAAAAAGUUCAUAGAGAGACCAAAGCAUAUAAAGCAAUGUGAAAACUUCAACACGUCGUUCUUAGAAAACAAUAGAACGCAUAUUUGGAUUAAUCGUAAAAACUUACGCUACUUCAACUUGAGUGAUAGUACUAAUAUUACUUGUUGCUAUAAAUCUUUCUAUCGGCCUCUUGCGAUAGACGAUAUUUCCUCCGCCGAUAAUGAUGACAGAGUCAAAUACAAUGACUGCAUCGACUUUUCAAGCUUUAUCGAAGUCACCAAUGAAUUCGUCAAAGUGUCUUGUGUCUACGAGUUCACUACGAUUUAUGAACAAUUUUUUGCUUUCACGCCAAAGAAACCGCUACUUAAUGUAAGGGAAGAUAUAAAUGAAGAACAGGAAUUUUACAAUGUAAUCGUGAUGGGUAUUGAUGCUAUUUCUAGACUUAAUUUUCAUAGAACUAUGCCCAGGACGUUAGCAUUUCUGAAAAAAAGAGGAGCGAUUGAGUUGCUAGGAUACAAUAAAGUAGGUGAUAAUACCUUUCCAAAUCUAGUUCCAAUGCUUCUAGGCAUUAGAGAACAAGAUUUAAAAAACACAUGUUGGCCUAAUUCUAAAUCAACGUUUGAUUACUGCCCAUUUAUAUGGAACGCUUUCAAAGAUGCCGGAUACUAUACAGCGUUCGGUGAAGAUAGUGCAAGCUUGGGGACAUUUAAUUUUGAAAAAUUUGGAUUCAUCCAAAGUCCUGUAGAUUAUUAUCUACAUACAUUUAUGCACGAAGCGGAGAAAUAUUCAGGUAAUAAUAGAGAUUUUAACUCUUAUAUUUGUAUGGGAAACGUAUUCUUUUAUAAUGUUCUCCUUGACUAUAUUGAGAACUUAACGAAUGCUUUGAAGUCAAUGAAGUUUUUUGGAUUUUUUUGGGAAGUCACAAUGAGUCAUGAUUAUUUAAAUUAUCCAAUGUUAAUGGAUGAUAGCUAUGAAGAAUUUCUAAUUUCACUUGAUGAUUCCGGUACUUUGGAAAAUACCGUUCUAAUUCUGUUGAGUGAUCACGGUAUACGAUGGGGCGACAUUCGGUUUACUAAGCAGGGAAGGUUAGAGGAGCGUUUACCAUUUAUUCAUAUUUUAUUACCGCCCUCAUUUAGUCAAAACUACCGAGAAGCAUACAAGAACAUGUAUUUAAAUAGCCACCGUCUAACAACUCCCUUUGACAUACACGCGACUCUCAUAGAUUUAGUCAACUUAGAAUCAAUAAAUGAUAACAAUAUCCUGUUAAGAAGUUUAACUCAAUAUAGUAAAGAUAAAAGUAUAAGUCUUUUCUUAUCUAUACCCGAUAAUCGCACAUGCAAAGCAGCAGGAAUUGAGGACCACUGGUGCACUUGUAAUAAAGGAAUUAAGCUUUCGACACAUAGUGCUGAAGGUCGCCAGACUGCCGAUUAUUUGAUCACAUACCUGAAUAGUUUAGUAAGCAAAAAUUCAAAGUGUGCAAAGCUCUUUCUUAAGGAGAUAAUGGAAGUUACAGAAAUGAUAGUUGGCACCCCUAAUGAAAUAGAGGUAGGUUGGCGGGAAUUUCUCAUAGUUGUGCGUGUGUCUCCUAGUGACGCUGUGUUUGAAGCCACUCUCCGACAGAACAACAACAAUUGGUCACUUACUGGUACAGUCAGUCGACUCAACUUAUAUGGGGAGCAGAGCAAUUGUGAACAUAAUUAUCAAUUAAAACUGUAUUGUUAUUGUCAGCUAUAA